AUGAGGACGGUUGAGCGUAUGUUUACGUCUAUAAUUCUCUUCCUUCUUUUGGUUAUUGGAAAAGCAGAGAUUUAUAUUGUAAUGGUAGAAGGAGAGCCGAUUACGAGUUACAGAGGUGGUGUGAGUGGUUUUGAAGCCACUGCUGUCGAAUCUCAUGAGAAGCUUGAUGUCACCAGUGAUUUGGUUACAUCAUACUCUCGUCACCUUGAACUCAAGCAUGAUACUCUUCUUGAAACGUUAUUCGAUCAAGGAACUUACAAGAAACUCUACAGUUACAAGCAUCUUAUCAAUGGUUUUGCCGUUCACAUUUCUCCUGAACAGGCAGAUACGCUUAGGCGGGCCCCUGGCGUGAAAUCAGUGGAUAAAGAUUGGAAAGUGAGGAAACUUACCACACACACGCCGCAGUUUCUCGGGCUUCCAACCGGAGUUUGGCCAACGGGGGGUGGAUUUGAUAGAGCCGGUGAAGACAUUGUGAUAGGAUUUGUUGAUUCGGGUAUUUUUCCACAUCAUCCAAGCUUUGCGAAUCACAAUAGCGAACCAUAUGGGCCUCUUCCAAAGUAUAGAGGGAAAUGUGAAGUUGAUUCUGAUACAAAGAGGAGUUUUUGCAACGGAAAGAUUGUUGGAGCACAACAUUUUGCAGAAGCUGCAAUUGCAGCCGGUGCUUUUAAUCCUUCUGUUGAUUUUGCUUCACCUAUGGACGGUGAUGGCCAUGGAAGUCACACUGCAGCAAUUGCGGCUGGAAAUAACGGGAUCCCAGUGCGAGUUCAUGGAUAUGAAUUCGGAAAAGCAAGCGGAAUGGCUCCUCGUGCCAGGAUUGCUGUGUACAAGGCCCUCUAUCGGCUCUUUGGAGGAUUUGUUGCUGAUGUCGUUGCCGCCAUCGAGCAGGCGGUUCAUGAUGGUGUUGACAUCUUGAAUCUCUCAGUGGGGCCCAACAGUCCUCCGGCCACCACGAGAACCACAUUUUUGAACCCGUUUGAUGCUACGCUUCUAUCCGCUGUAAAAGCCGGAGUCUUUGUUGCACAAGCAGCCGGAAAUGGAGGACCUUUCACCAAAUCUUUAGUGUCUUAUAGUCCAUGGAUCGUAUCUGUAGCUGCUGCUGUUGAUGAUCGGCGAUAUAAAAACCAUCUGACACUUGGAAACGGCAAGAUCCUAGCUGGACAUGGCUUGUCACCUGCUACGAGUUUGAAUCAGAAGUAUACCCUGGUUGCAGCUAAUGAUGUUGUGUUGGAUUCUUCGGUUAUGAAGUUUAGUCCUACCGAUUGCCAGAGGCCGGAAGUUUUGAACAAAAAUAUGGUGAAAGGGAACAUUCUUCUCUGUGGUUAUUCUUUCAAUUUCGUUAUUGGUAUGGCAUCAGUUAAAAAAGUCGCUGAAACCGCAAGGAGUCUUGGUGCGAUUGGCUUUGUGCUUGCUGUUGAAUACGUUUCAGCGGGAACCAAAUUCGAUCCGGUACCGACUGGCAUGCCCGGGAUUCUCAUUACAGACGUUAGCAAGUCAAAGGAACUUAUUGACUAUUACAAAGCCUCGACUUCACGGGACUGGACUGGACGAGUGAAAAGUUUCAAAGCCACGGGAAUAAUCGGAGAAGGCUUGGAGCCUAUACUUCACAAAUCGGCACCAAUAGUUGCAUUGUUCUCCGCCCGUGGGCCAAAUAUAAAAGAUUACAGCUUUCGUGAUGCGGAUCUUCUAAAACCCGAUAUUCUAGCACCCGGUGCUUUAAUUUGGGCUUCUUGGUCUCCUAAUGGCACAGAUGAGGUUAAUUACUUAGGAGAGAACUUUGCGAUGAUCUCUGGAACAAGCAUGGCUGCACCGCAUAUAUCAGGAAUAGCGGCUCUUAUAAAGCAAAAACAUCCUCGCUGGAGCCCCGCGGCAAUCAAGUCUGCCUUGAUGACGACCUCAAACACACUGGACCGAGCCGAGAAACCGAUACUAGCGGAACAAUAUUCAGGGUCGGAAACAUUGAUGUUUGUCCCAGCAACGCCUUUUGAUUAUGGCAGUGGCCACGUUAAUCCCCGAGCUGCUCUGGACCCAGGUCUCAUCUUUGAUGCAGGCUACGAAGACUAUCUGGGAUUCUUGUGCACAACGCCCGGAAUCAACUAUCACGAACUACUUAACUUUACUCACCGACCCUGUAACUACACCAUUGGCCACCCAUACAAUCUGAACUCCCCUUCCAUCACCGUCUCUCAUCUCGUCAGAACUCAAACCAUAAGCCGAACAGUCACAAAUGUGAACGAAGAAGAAACGUAUACAAUCACUGCAAGAAUGGCACCGGCCAUAGCCAUUGAAACAAGCCCGCCGGCCAUGACCCUGAGACCAGGUGCGUCGCAUAGGUUCACCGUGACUCUAACGGUUCAGUCACUGACCGGAACUUACAGUUUCGGAGAGGUUUUGUUGAAGGGAAGCAGAAGGCACAAGGUGCGGAUACCGGUUGUAGCCAUGGGCUAUGAUCGGUAGGCUGGAUUGGUUCGAUGGUAUUCUUUUGUAAAACGGUAUGAAAAUAAGAUUAUAGAAAAUGGUAGGUGUAUUUAUAUGGGAAGAGAUGUAAAGAGAGUAGUAUAAGGAGAAAGAUUCUUGAGGGUCCAUUUA